AUGGGGAGCGUUUCUCGUCGCCACGGCAACAGGCCGCAAGCGGCGUCGAACGGCCCUCGCCGCACCGCGCGACCCCCCGCUCCGCUACGAGUACCCGCUCCGCUGCGACUCCCCGCUCCGCUGCGACACCCCGCACCGCGCUCCGCUACGACUCCCCGCUCCGCUGCGACACCCCGCACCGCUACGACUCCCCGCACCGCGCUCCGCUACGACUCCCCGCACCGCGCUCCGCUACGACUCCCCGCUCCGCUACGACUCCCCGCUCCGCUACGACUCCCCGCUCCGCUACGACUCCCCGCUCCGCUACGACUCCCCGCACCGCGCUCCGCUACGACUCCCCGCACCGCGCUCCGCUACGACACCGCGCUCCGCUACGACUCCCCGCUCCGCUACAACUCCCCGCACCGCUACGACUCCCCGCACCGCUACGACUCCCCGCACCGCUACGACUCCCCGCACCGCUACGACUCCCCGCACCGCUACGACUCCCCGCACCGCUACGACUCCCCGCACCGCUACGACUCCCCGCAACGCGCGCCGCUACGACUGCCCGCUCCGCUACGACUGCCCGCUCCGCUACGACUCCCCGCUCCGCUACGACUUCCCGCUCCGCUACGACGCUCCGCUACGACUUCCCGCUCCGCUACGACUCCCCGCUCCGCUACGACUUCCCGCUCCGCUACAACUUCCCGCACUGCGUGCCACUACGACUCCCCGCACCACUACGACUCCCCGCAAGCGGCGUCGAACGGCCCUCGCCGCACCGCGCGACCCCCCGCUCCGCUACGAGUACCCGCUCCGCUGCGACUCCCCGCUCCGCUGCGACACCCCGCACCGCGCUCCGCUACGACUCCCCGCUCCGCUGCGACACCCCGCACCGCUACGACUCCCCGCACCGCGCUCCGCUACGACUCCCCGCACCGCGCUCCGCUACGACUCCCCGCUCCGCUACGACCCCGCUCCGCUACGACUCCCGCUCCGCUACGACUCCCCGCUCCGCUACGACUCCCCCCGCUCCGCUACGACUCCCCGCACCGCGCUCGCCCCGCUACGACUCCCCGCACCGCGCUCCGCUACGACACCGCGCUCCGCUACGACUCCCCGCUCCGCUACAACUCCCCGCACCGCUACGACUCCCCGCACCGCUACGACUCCCCGCACCGCUACGACUCCCCGCACCGCUACGACUCCCCGCACCGCUACGACUCCCCGCACCGCUACGACUCCCCGCACCGCUACGACUCCCCGCACCGCUACGACUCCCCGCAACGCGCGCCGCUACGACUGCCCGCUCCGCUACGACUGCCCGCUCCGCUACGACUCCCCGCUCCGCUACGACUUCCCGCUCCGCUACGACGCUCCGCUACGACUUCCCGCUCCGCUACGACUCCCCGCUCCGCUACGACUUCCCGCUCCGCUACAACUUCCCGCACUGCGUGCCACUACGACUCCCCGCACCACUACGACUCCGUGCACAGCUACAACUCCCCGCACCGCGCAACUCGCCUCAACUCGCGAUUUCCCUCCCUGUGA